AGCAUACUGUGGACCAAUAAACAUUGCAAAAGACUUAUGCUCAGAGCUGAUGAUAGGAAAUUACGAGUACCGUUAUCAAAGCAGCCAGAGCCCAAGCCUUGAGUGUCCGAAAGGUUAUGUUCCAAAUAGUUGUAACAUCUAUAGUCCUUGGAUGGAGUUGACUUCAAAGCAAAUCAGGUCUAAGAUCGACAGUAUAGGAAACAUCAGACUUGAGGAUGGAGUGUGUUCAGUGAAAGAUUGCGUAAACGAACCGGGAUCCUGGUGUCGUCUUUCCAUGAUCUGUCAAAAACUAACUGGAGAUGAAUACAUUAAAAGAGCCUGCCCCACAUGUGAAGAAAUGAGGUGUGAUGACAAUGAGGAGUGUACACUUGGGAAAAAUGGCUUACCACAGUGUAACGAAGUUAUUCCGGGUGCAUGUGAGGAACAACCUUUGAGGUGCGGAAAAGGUGAAUGUGUUGCUAUCAAUGGAACUGAUUUCAAAUGUGUCUGCAACGAAGGGUAUCAUUUUAAUAGUGAGACCUGUGUAGAUGUGGAUGAAUGCGCAGAGAUGCCAUGUGGCAAUGGAGAAUGCAUUAACAUUCCUGGAUCUUACAGGUGUCAGUGUUUGGCAGGAUACAAGUUGGUGAGUGGCAGAUGUGAAGACAUUGAUGAGUGUUUGACAAAUCCAUGUGAUGAAGAUGUAUAUGUUUGCUCCAAUAUUGAAGGGGGCUACACAUGUAACUGUCAGGAAGCUUUUGUCCAAGAUGAAGCAGGAAAAUGCCAUUGUGAUUCAGGAUAUAUACCAAAAAAUAAACAGUGUGUUGAUGUGAAUGAAUGUGCAACUGAAGAUAAUUGCUCUCCUACUGAGGACUGUGAGAAUACCCUUGGAGGAUACCGCUGUCAUUGCAAAUCUGGUUUUGUCAAAGACUCUGAUUCGGAAACUUGUGUCGACAAAGAUAUAUGGAAUGACUGCAGUAUUGAAUUGGAACCUGAUCAUAUAAGAGCGGUAAUAGACUCAUCAUUCACCGUCUGGUUCAGUGGAAUAAAGAAAAGUGCCUUCCAAAAACAUGGAACAGUGAGUUGGUUAAAAGAUGGAAAUCAUUUUGAUCCAGCAACAGAUGGUAAGGAUGUAAUGGUACGAGGUUUUGAGAUCAAUUCUUUCCAACCAGAGGACGCAGGACUUUAUGAAGCUCAUGUUAAAUUCCAAACUAAAGAAAGCAAAGAACGUUGCAAUGCUACGGUUAUCGUGGAAAUGAUUGAGGGUUCAGCAACAGUAAGAAUAAAGAACAGGAAAGAACUGACAAAAGAUCAAGAAUCGGGAAAAAGCUUUUGGAUAAUAUGUGAUCUGAAGGUCAUCGAUAUCAACCUGCCAAAUCAAUCUGAUCCAAAUAAUGUUGAUUGGUAUAAGAUCACUCCUGGUCAAGCUCCAGUAAAAUUGUCAGAAGAUAGUCAUGGAGAAACAUUUGGGUUCAAUAAAAAUAAAGGUACAUAUCGGCUUUACUUUAAAAGCCCAACAGAAAGAGACAGUGGGACUUAUCGAUGCAGAUUCAACAAAUAUGGUAUCGAGACAUCGACAGACGUUACGUUGAAAGUAUUUUAAACAAAAUAAGAAAAUUAGUGUGCAACUCAACUUUUUAUAUAUGGAGUGUAGCAGUCCAUGAUUAAUGUAUUUUGUUGAAUUGUAAAAAUAUUAUAACGCAAUGAUGU